UCGAUCAUCUGAUUCCAUCCUUUCUUAAUUUGAAAUCACCGGUUUCAAUCUGAACCGGCCUGGCGCAGUGGCCAGGUCUACGCGCAAGGUUUUAACUCAAAAGGCCAAAAGACCUUGGAAAUAGUCGAAGCUACACUUCGCACAAGUCCUCUUUCAUCGCUUGCUUCGCUCAUAAGCGCACAGCUCCAGCGGUAGAUAUUGGAUCUGAGGGAGGGCAUUUCAUUUCACUACAUGCUCCCUAUAAAAAUAAACUCCUUUUAGAUUUCGUUGAUUCGAUUGAUCUCUUUGCCUCUCCUGCACCCCGUCUCUGCUUAUUUUUUCAAUUUCUAGCAAUUCACUGUAUUCUCCUCAGAUCUGGUCUUGAUAAGUUGUGUUGUCAGGAAACAAACAAGAGAUGGAGAAAUCCUGUACUCUGCUUGUUCAUUUCGACAAAGGAACACCAGCAAUUGCCAAUGAGAUUAAAGAAGCACUUGAAGGCAAUGAUGUACCAGCAAAGGUAGAUGCCAUGAAGAAGGCAAUCAGUCUUUUGCUGAAUGGUGAAACGCUUCCCCAACUCUUCAUCACUAUUGUUAGAUAUGUUUUGCCUUCUGAGGACCAUACAAUCCAAAAACUGUUGCUUCUAUAUUUGGAGAUCAUUGACAAAACUGAUGCCAAGGGUAGGGUGCUGCCUGAGAUGAUUUUGAUAUGCCAAAACUUGAGGAACAACCUUCAGCACCCAAAUGAAUACAUUCGUGGUGUGACAUUGAGGUUUUUGUGCCGCUUGAAUGAAACAGAAAUAAUUGAGCCAUUGAUCCCUUCAGUUCUGCAAAAUCUGGAGCAUCGCCACACAUUUAUCAGGAGGAAUGCUAUAUUAGCUGUGAUGUCCAUAUACAAGCUUCCCCAGGGAGAGCAACUUUUGGUUGAUGCUCCUGAAAUGAUCGAGAAGGUUCUUUCAACUGAGCAGGACCAGUCUGCUAAGAGGAACGCAUUCCUUAUGCUUUUUACUUGUGCACAGGAUCGAGCCAUUAACUACCUUUUGACCCAUGUUGAUAGGGUUUCUGAAUGGGGAGAAUCACUUCAGAUGGUUGUUUUAGAGUUGAUUCGGAAGGUGUGCAGAACAAAUCGAGGAGAGAAGGGCAAGCACAUUAAGAUUAUUAUAUCUUUGUUAAAUGCCCCGUCUACAGCAGUUAUUUAUGAAUGUGCUGGGACACUUGUUUCUCUGUCAUCUGCCCCUACUGCUAUUAGAAGUGCUGCUGGCACCUAUUGUCAGCUUCUUUUGUCCCAAAGUGAUAACAAUGUGAAGCUUAUUGUGCUUGAUCAGUUGAAUGAGCUCAAAUCUUCUCAUAGAGAUAUCAUGGUUGAUCUGAUUAUGGAUGUGCUUAGGGCACUCUCCAGCCCAAAUCUUGACAUUAGGAGGAAGACGCUUGAUAUAGUUCUUGAGUUGAUCACUCCACGGAACAUCAAUGAGGUUGUUGUUACAUUGAAGAAGGAAGUCAUUAAGACCCAGAGUGGAGAGCUUGAGAAGAAUGGAGAGUACAGACAAAUGCUUAUUCAAGCUAUUCAUUCAUGUGCUAUUAAGUUCCCAGAAGUUGCAAGCACAGUGGUUCAUUUGUUGAUGGAUUUCCUUGGAGAUAGCAAUGUUGCUUCGGCUAUUGAUGUGGUUGUUUUUGUUCGUGAGAUAAUAGAAACCAAUCCUAAACUAAGGGUUUCCAUAAUAACUAGGCUGUUGGACACUUUCUACCAAAUCCGAGCUGCAAGGGUCUGCUCCUGUGCUCUUUGGAUCAUUGGAGAGUACUGCCUGUCUCUUUCUGAAGUUGAGAGUGGCAUUGCUACCAUCAAGCAGUGCCUUGGAGAGUUGCCGUUUUAUUCAGUUUCAGAAGAAGGGGAAGCACAUGAUGCUUCAAAGAAGCCUCCGCAGGCAAAUUCCAUUACCGUGUCUUCUAGGAGACCAGCUGUUCUUGCUGAUGGGACAUAUGCUACUCAGAGUGCUGCCUCUGAAACUGCAUUUUCUCCUCCUACCAUUGUUCAGGGGACGCUGGCUUCAGGGAAUCUGAGAUCCCUUCUCCUUACUGGUGAUUUUUUCCUUGGAGCAGUUGUGGCAUGCACUCUGACAAAGCUUGUUUUGCGAUUGGAAGAGGUGCAGCCUUCUAAAAUUGAGGUGAACAAGACAUCCUCACAGGCAUUGUUGAUCAUGGUUUCUAUGCUACAGUUAGGACAAUCUUCAGUUUUGCCACACCCAAUUGAUAAUGAUUCUUAUGAUAGGAUCCUCCUCUGUAUAAGAUUACUGUGCGAUACUGGUGAUGACAUCAGAAAAAUAUGGUUGCAGUCUUGCCGUCAGAGUUUUGUAAAAAUGCUUUCAGAAAAACAGUUGAGGGAAACUGAGGAAUUAAAGGCAAAAGCUCAGGUUUCUCAUGCACAACCAGAUGAUCUGAUUGAUUUCUACCAUUUGAAGAGCAGGAAGGGCAUGAGUCAGCUGGAGUUGGAAGAUGAAGUUCAAGAUGAUUUAAAACGUGCUACUGGAGAGUUUAUCAAGGAUGGGGAUGAUGCAAAUAAGCUUAACCGCAUCCUUCAACUCACUGGAUUUAGCGACCCUGUCUAUGCUGAGGCUUAUGUAACAGUCCAUCAUUACGAUAUUGUACUUGAUGUUACAGUUAUCAACCGGACAAAGGAAACUCUUCAGAAUUUGUGCUUGGAGUUGGCAACAAUGGGUGAUCUUAAACUUGUUGAGCGUCCACAGAAUUAUACACUUGCUCCUGAAUCAAGUAAACAAAUAAAAGCCAAUAUCAAGGUGUCUUCAACUGAGACUGGUGUCAUUUUUGGGAACAUAGUUUAUGAGACAUCAAAUGUGCUUGAGCGGACAGUGGUUGUGCUUAAUGACAUUCACAUCGAUAUUAUGGACUAUAUCUCUCCUGCGGUUUGUACAGAUGCGGCUUUUAGAACAAUGUGGGCGGAGUUUGAAUGGGAAAACAAGGUUGCAGUUAAUACAUCAAUUCAAAAUGAGAAGGAAUUCCUUGAUCAUAUUAUUAAGUCAACCAACAUGAGGUGUCUCACUGCUCUAUCUGCACUAGAUGGUGAAUGUGGAUUUCUGGCUGCUAACUUGUAUGCUAAAAGUGUGUUUGGGGAGGAUGCUCUGGUAAAUGUAAGCAUUGAGAAACAGGCAGAUGGAAAGCUAAGUGGAUACAUCAGGAUAAGGAGCAAGACCCAAGGAAUUGCACUCAGCCUGGGGGAUAAGAUCACUCUCAAGCAGAAGGGAGGCAGUUGAUGUCGGGCCAUGAACGUAUUGCUGUCAUUCUCUGGUAGUGGUUUCAGUUAUUGGAUUGCUUUCGGCAACAUCGGUUGUCUUCUUUGCUCCUCUAGAUCGGCAACUUGGUAAGUUAAAAAACUUUUUUCCUGAAUGUUAUAAUCAUGAGCUAAUGCAGGUAACUCAGGACUGGAUGAGAAAGAUCCUCUUACCUUUUUUGUUCUCUUUGUUUGUACCUAGAGGAGAGAGAGGGAGGGGGGUUUGGAGUAGUGCUAUCUGGAAGCGGCAUUGUUGUAUUCUGGAGCCAUAUUUCCAUAGUUAAAGAUGCUGAACAAUGGCUAAAUUGCGGCUUUUCUAGUUUUCUUUGUUUUCUAUUUUUCAUUUUUUAUUCUUUUUUUUUUCAACAAAAAAAAAAAAAAAAGAAGAGAGGUGAUUUAGUGCACGAAAGGAUUCCUCGAUCAUUAAAUUUAAGCAUUAUGCCAUAUUUUUGGGUGA